AUGGCGGCAGCCGAGGCCGCGAACUGCAUCAUGGAGGUCUCCUGUGGCCAGGCCGAGAGCAGCGAGAAGCCCAACGCUGAGGACAUGACGUCCAAGGAUUACUACUGCGACUCCUAUGCCCACUUCGGCAUCCACGAGGAGAUACUGAAGGAUGAGGUGCGCACCCUCACGUACCGCAACUCCAUGUUCCACAACCGGCACCUCUUCAAGGACAAGGUGGUGCUAGACGUGGGCUCGGGCACCGGCAUCCUCUGCAUGUUCGCUGCCAAGGCCGGGGCCCGCAAAGUCAUCGGGAUCGAGUGUUCCAGUAUCUCUGAUUACGCCGUGAAGAUCGUCAAAGCCAACAAAUUAGACCAUGUGGUGACCAUCAUUAAGGGCAAGGUGGAGAAGGUGGAGCUGCCGGUGAAUACGGUGGACAUCGUCAUCAGCGAGCGGAUGGGCUACUGCCUCUUCUACGAGUCCAUGCUCAACACCGUGCUGUACGCCCGCGACAGGUGGCUGGCGCCCGACGGCCUCAUCUUCCCAGACCGAGCCACGCUCUACGUCACGGCCAUUGAGGACCGGCAGUACGAGGACUACAAGGUCCACUGGUGGGAGAACGUGUACGGCUUUGACAUGUCUUGUAUCAAGGACGUGGCCAUCAAGGAGCCCCUGGUGGACGUGGUGGACCCCAAGCAGCUGGUCACCAACGCCUGCCUCAUAAAGGAGGUGGACAUCUACACUGUCAAGGUGGAGGACCUGAUCUUCACCUCGCCCUUCUGCCUGCAAGUGAAGAGGAACGACUACGUGCACGCCCUGGUGGCGUACUUCAACAUCGAGUUCACACGCUGCCACAAGAGGACCGGCUUCUCCACCAGCCCCGAGUCCCCCUACACGCACUGGAAGCAGACCGUGUUCUACAUGGAGGACUACCUGACUGUCAAGACGGGGGAGGAGAUCUUUGGCACCAUCGGCAUGCGCCCCAAUGCCAAGAACAACCGCGACCUGGACUUCACCAUUGACCUGGACUUCAAGGGCCAACUGUGUGAACUGUCCUGCUCCACCGACUUCCGGAUGCGCUGA